UGGACCGAACCCGGAAGUAGGCAGCGAAUCAUCUUGUCAGGUGUGAACACUCUUCGAGUCCAGAGCGAGCAGCUGUCAGAGGACGCAGCAGAACGUCAUGACUAACUGGAAGCUUUGUGGAAGGAAGGAUACCCUUAAAAUGCAGCACAGCAGCGGUCACCCUAAACAACUUAGGACCACGAUACGCGUCAGUAUUCACAAGUUAGGGUCCAGCGCGUAGCCAACAGGCCAACCUUUGGUCCUCCCCCUCGCUUAUUGUCAUUAUUUAAUCCCCCCCUGCGUCGGAGGAUUGCUGUCUGCCAGCGCUGUUCAUCAGACAGAACUAGUCCGGACAUGAGUAACGUUAAUCUGAUUUUUUGGGACCAGUUGCAGGCUGGAAGCUCUGAAGUGGACUGGUGUGAAGGCAACUACCUUAUUUACCCCAGCAUCGCGGAAUUUUACAACACGAUCAGCAACAUUUUGUUUUUUGUUUUGCCGCCGAUAUUAAUGUGCUUGUUCCGCCAAUAUGCAACACAUUUCAACAGCGGGAUUUACCUCAUAUGGAUUCUUCUAGUUGUUGUUGGUAUCGGAUCAACUUAUUUCCAUGCCACUCUUAGCUUCCUUGGCCAAAUGCUGGAUGAGCUGGCCAUUUUAUGGGUGCUCAUGUGUGCCAUUGCCAUGUGGUUUCCCAAGAGAUACCUUCCGCGGAUGUUCAGGAGAAACCGGUCAGGGUUUAAAGUGGUCAUCGGCAUCUUGUCCGGGAUCACCACCGGGCUGGCCUUUGUGAAGCCAGUCGUCAACUCGCUGUCCCUCAUGACUCUGGGCAUCCCAUGCACAGUGUUGCUUAUUACUGAGCUCAAAAGGUGUGAAAACCCACGUGUGUUCAAGCUGGGCCUGAUCUCAGGGAUCUGGUGGGCCCUGGCUCUGCUCUGCUGGAUCAGUGACAGGAUCUUCUGCGAAAUGUGGUCAUCCGUUAACUUCCCCUACCUGCACUGUGCUUGGCACAUCCUCAUUUGUUUGGCCUCCUACUUGGGCUGUGUGUGUUUUGCCUACUUUGACGUUGCGACAGAGGCCCCGGAGCGAGGGCCCGUCAUCAUGUUCUGGCCCAAUGAGAAGUGGGCCUUCAUCGGUGUGCCAUACGUUUCCUUACUCUGCGUUCACAAGAAGUCGACUAUCAAGGUGACUUAAAGAGGCCUGUAUAGUAUACAGGCCUGCAGCUUUGCCACCAGCAAAAUACAGCGACGCGCCUGGGAGGGGAGUUGCCCUCAAAACAACCUGAGAAGCUUGAGAUGGGGUUUGAAACUUUACGAUGAAUCUGAUGCACAUUCUGGGCAACUGCAAGGUAAUACCUUUUCCCCAACCCGGGCUGGUCUUUGAAGCUCAGCAAAGCAGUAUUUUGUUGAAACUCUGCCAAACAACGUCUUACACGAUGCAGACGUACUCCAAAAUGCAAGCAUGUCAAAAGUAAGAAACCUUUACAGUGUUCCAGACAAAUCCUCAGAAUACGCCUGAGAUCUCUGAAGAGUGAAAGUUUUAACACUUUAUGCAUUUUAAAAUAAGGUGCUUUGAGAAUUUAAUCAAUUUCCUGAGAAUAGGAAAACCUCACCCUAAAGAAUUAUGUUGCCAUUUCAAACAUUGAUAUAAAUGUGUCGUAGGCCAUUUCUAACCAUGUUUGGCUCUGUAAAGCACUGGAUUAUUCAAAUGUGACUAAUGCAAACUGCACAGCUCAGCCAACCAUAGAACUCUCAGUGAGUUAACAAGCCGGUCCAUAAGACCUGAGAGAAAAGGAAGGUAGUUCACAACUAGUCUUGGAUAGACAUUUCCUUUUCAGAUUUUUUAUGUUGUCAUUUAAGCAUGCAACUGUGAAUGUUAAGAAUAAUGUAAGAAACAUAUAUUUAAUCUAUUCCUGUGUACAUUAGUAAACCAACAACGCAAUGCAGUUAUUGUCAUAAGAAAUAAUAAGAUUGACUUAUGUCUGAAUGACCUGGCACUUUUGAAAGUGGCCACAACCCAAAGUUAAAAAAGAAAAGAAAAGAAACCAAAAAAUAUAGUUCUCAAUAUAUGAUAAGUUGAUGUGUAGUUUAAUUUUAGCGUUUUAAUAUUUUGAAGCUCAACUUUUCAGACAUAUCUGACAUAUCUGCUUGUUCAUUGCUCUUCAGGGUAUGAUUGAAUAUUUGAAAUGGUGCAAAAAGCUUCAACCAAACAUGAUAAUGAGUUACAAAGUAGGUAGAUGUGAUUCAUAACUUUGUGAUGUUUUUUGCUUUGUUUUCUUAAAAUGUUUUCAAAGUUGGAGAGCUGAUCAUAGCAAGUAAUGUGACAUGAGUUUCAUUUGUCUCUUAUAUGUGUUCAUUGUACAAGAGAUAAAAGAGAGAGAGAGAAUAGAGAAUGUCCAUGCAACGGCUCUGGGCGUAGCAACGGACAUACGCUUACCCAAUAAGAGUAGAAUCUUUAAAGCUUUUUUUAUUUUGUGAAAUUUUGAGAAUGUCCUGGAGCUGUUAUUUCAGUCCUGUCCUCCUGCAGAGGCUCCAGGGAUCUCGAAUUGGGCGAAAAAGUUGUGCAACCAUAACGGGUCAAAGGAAGGAUCGCCAUUAACUAAUAAAGAAAACAUUUUUUUAGACAAACUGAAGCAAUAUUUUCUCAAAAUGAAGUAUUUUGUUAAGCUGAAACCCAUUUGUAUUUUUUUGUAGCAGAGAUGCUGCCAAAAUGAUGUGCGGAGGUGCUUUUGAUAAUGGAUUGAUUGCCUUUUAUAUGGUCAGUUUUUUUUAAUCAUGUUUUUGUUCAAGAGGAACUACAGGUUCAACAAUGUGACAAAAGUCCACAGAAAAUGUUCAGUUUGUUGACAGCAUUAAACAGCUGAUCCAAGAAAGCACAAAUAUUGAAGAAGUCAGUGAAUCAGCACCAGAGCGUGAACAGAUCAGCCUGCUUAAUGUAAAUGUGAUGUCAAACCAUAGACCAUAAGGUAUGAUUAGUGCAGUCUUUUUACUGACAUGUACAUGUAUUAAAAUCAAAGAAUUUCUCCACCCGCAUCGACAAUACAGAUAAGUUGCACAGAAAUAUUUAUUUUAAUAAAUUAUCCUGUUUUGUAAACAAACAUUUGUAAAGAACUAUUUGUAACAGAUUAGAAUUUUGGUAUUUUAUUUUGUGUAAUGAAUAAAGCCAAUACUUAAGAUGAAUAUCG